AUGACGGUCGAGAACCCAACAGAUGUAUUGCACACUAUCAAUCUCGUCACACAAGCUCUCUGUAUUCCAAUCGUGACUGUCUUCGUAGCAUUGCGAUUUUAUACCCGGUUUCGAUUCAAGCUACCCCUAGGGGUUGAAGAUCUUGCCUGUACGGUUGCUUGGCUUCUGUUCAUGGGAUAUUGUACAAUAUCCAUCGUCAUCGGUCAACAUGGCGGAGGAUACCCAAUUACCGAACUCGACACUAAAGAGAUCAUCGCGUUCAAAAAGUUCUGCUAUAUAGCGACUAUUCUCUACUGUCCGAUGGCGCUCUUCCUCAAAAUCGCCCUCCUAGCUAUUCUCACCCGCAUUUUCGCCCCCUUCCGCGGCAAAGUCUGGUUCAUCUAUGUCUUCCUCGGCUGCUUAUGCUGCUACUACACCGUCGCCUUGAUCGUCAAGAUUCGCAUCUGCGCCCCCAUCCCCAGGUACUGGCUUGGAAACCAGGUGCCGGGAAGCUGCCUGAACCAAACCGCCGCCUUCAUCGCCGACUCCGUGAUUAGUGUCGUUAGUGACAUCAUCAUUCUUAUUCUCCCGUUGCCAUUGACAUGGUCUUUGCAAAUGUCGCGCAAUCGAAAGCUUCGCGUGAUGGGCCUACUUGGCGCUGGUGGGCUGGCCACCGGGUUCAGUCUUUACCGAUUGAUCCUAAUCUUGAAAGGUUCAAGUGAUGAGGGCCUCAUGUUCGUUCGCAUCAUCUUAUCUGGCAAUGCCGAGGGAGGCGUUGGGUUGAUCUGCGCUUGUCUUCCUGUCCUCAAUGUCAUGCUGGCCCACUACAAGAAGAACUACUCGUCGCAGAAAUAUUACCUGAAUUGCAGCUCAUCCCAUCCGUUGAGUGAUAGGAAGCCGGGCCCGGCUUCCCAUGUUGCUACUGACUGGGACAAGGUAACAGCCUUUGGUGACCAGAGCCAUCUGAUUUCAUUCGCAGGCCCCCCAGAGGACGGCGAUUCUGGCGAGUUCAUCCACGACCAUGGCAUCAGGAAAACGAUUGCUGUAUCACAGACCGUGGAAACACAUUAA